AACGUUUUAUUAUUAUUAUUUUUUAAUAGGAAAAAAAAGGUCUUUGUAACUGUUAUGGUCAAGUCAAAGCUUCUGCAUUCCUUUUCUUUACUUUUAAUUGCUCGAAACAUAUAUGUCGAGGGAGUGUAUUACAAACAACAAAUGUAUACUUGAACCUUCAUAAGGUAAAUGCGGUACCUUGGUGAAAGAGAAUAAAACAACUCGGAAUCAAAUAAAAUUUGUUCCAUAGAUUUUGUUCAAAUUUUUAAUAUUUUGAUAUAGGUUGUUCAAAGGGUUUUAAAGUUUAAUUGCUUCUAUAAAUUUAAAUUUCUUGAUUUGAAUUAGUGGGUAAUAAAUACAUGAGAGUGUAGAGAGGAGGCUUGGAUUAAAAUGAUUGGCAAGAAUGAUGGAUUGUCGGCCACUCAUAGUUUGACCCAUUCUCUCUGUUUUGUCGCCUCCAUCUCUCAGCUUACCUCUCUGCUCCGUGCUUCCCAUCCUCCUCUCUCAUUUCAGCUUUCUUAUUACCUCACCUUCAAUGGCUUCUUUUUCAGCUUCUUCUCUCAGCUUCCACCUACCGCCGAAUCCACAUUCCAAGAUUAACCAGACGGCGGCGCUGAUAGGGGCUCCAUGCUAUGGGGCUCUGCCUCCAACCGCUCAUCUUUGAAAUCCUCCUUCAUCUCUCCCCUACGUCAGAUUCCCUCCACAAGGAAGCAAAAGUGUGCUGUUGCAGCUGCCCCCAAGUUCUCCAUGCGCGUCGCUUCCAAGCAAGCCUAUAUCUGUCGUGAUUGCGGGUACAUUUACAACGAUAGAACUCCUUUUGAGAAAUUGCCUGAUAACUAUUUCUGUCCUGUCUGUGGUGCUCCUAAGCGACGAUUUAGACCUUAUGAGCAAUCAGUGACUAAAAAUGAUAACGAAUUUGAUGUGAGGAAGGCAAGAAAGGCGCAGAUUCAGAAAGAUGAAGCUAUUGGGAAGGUGCUGCCUAUUGCCGCUGCAGUGGGAAUCCUGGCACUUGUAGGUUUAUACCUGUACCUGAAUAGCGUCUUUUAGAUCGAGUGGCUUGCUCGAUGACGGGGGCUUGACAUCAUUUGUUUCAUCAUUUUCUUCCCGAGGCUGUUUUCUAUUGAUUUAAAUAUUAAAUGUAUUUUUUCGACCCACUUUCCGAAAACCCUGGCAAAUUGUUUAUUGAGCGUUUAUUUACACUCAGCAGAGUAGCCAUUGGAUCAUAUAUGAACUGCCCAUCGCCUUACCUUAGUUUAUGUACCUGUGGAUGUGGCUUUGGGUGUAAUACUGACUUUGGGAUGAUUAUAUCUUGGAAGAUUUUGUUUAACCAGUUUCUUCCAUGGACUGGACAA